AUGAUAAAAUUUAAGUUUUCAUAGUUGUUUCUCUAUUACUCACUCAUGUAAGUUUUUUUUUAUAGUUUUAGAUUAUAGUAAACUUUUGAAUUCUCAUGCUAAUUCGAUAAUUUUGAAAACAGCCUUUUAGAUUUACAUGAUCCAUUUUAAAAUGUUUCUUUUGAUGUUUAAUAUGAAUCUGACUAUUGGUAUUCCUCUGGUUUUUGGUCCAAAUAUAUUGAAUAUUAAAUGAUGCAUCAGAGCCAUGUUAUUGGUUCAAAAGAUUUAGACUUGGAAAAAGGGAGAUUAUUAUUUCUCUAAAAAUAAAUGAGCAACAAAGGAAAAAAAGAGUACAAUAUAACUGUCUAUUAAAAAUUUGCUUUUAGUGCAUAUUAUUGGAGUUAUAAUCCUUAUCAUGUUUUAGAGGUAUCCUAUAUUGAAAAUUCAAAAACAGAAUUUUAAUCGAUGAUUUUGCAACUUGAAAAUCAACAUUUAGAUGGAAUCUGGCAUUUGACUCUUAUAGAGUAUAAUCCAGACAAGAAGAUUUUGCUAUUUAAAAGUGCAGGAAAAUUUGGUUAAAUUGACAGCAUUUCCUUAAAAAGUGGCUUAAUAAAUUACAUAAUUGGCGGAUACGGAAAGGAUGUAAUUAAAACAUUUAACAUAGAGUUUUACAAAACAAUCAUAUGCACCAUUUUAUGGACUAUUAUCAAAGUUAAUAAUCUAAAAUUAGCACAAAGAACCGAAUUUAUAUGAUUAUAUAGUUAAUUCUUGUAUAAUUCCAAAAUAGGUUGUAACAAUAGAGCAAAUAAGUUUACUUGAUGGUAUUCAGAAUUUUGACGGAACUUAUUACCUCCAUAAAGAAGCUUAGCUUAUGGAUUAGCAUUAUGUUAUUAGAGGAUGGAUUAAAAUAGAUGUAAGCAUGAUUUUUAUUUCUGCCUAAAUGUAGAUAUUAAGAAUGACAAUUAAUAAGUAAUAUUAAGUUGGAAAUGGAAAUAACGGAGAUAAAACAGUAUUUUUAAGAUACAAUAUUAAUUUGAAUAAUAAGGAUUUAAAUUCAAUUCUAAUAUAGACUUAUCACUAUUACUAUCCAUAUAAAUCUGAAUAUGAAAGUUCAUUUUUAGACUCUGACAAAUACAUGUUAAAAUCUAAUACCUUACUAACAAAUAUUCAACAAUGGCAUUAUUUUACUUUCGAAUAAGGUAGAAGUCUUAAUAGCGAAAGAACAUAGUAUAAGCUGUGGUUUGAUUUAUAAAGUGAACCAAUAACUCAUAAUUUUUAAUUCAACGAAGCUAGAAACUAGUUUUCAAACACAUAAAUGUAUUUUUAUAUUGGAGGAGAUAAAUUUACCCCAUCCCCAUAUUUCUAAGGAUAAUUAGCUAAGUUAGAGUUUUUGACUGGCUUCUAAGAAGACUUUAACCUACAGAAUUUCAAAUGUAUUUGAAAAAUUUAAUCAGAUAGACUGCCAUUAUUCUUGUUAAUUAUGCGAUGGGCCUGAAUCCAAUUAAUGCACUAGUUGUUCUGCAUUUUCAAAACGAUAAUUAUUAAGCGAAACUUAAGAGUGCAAAUGUCAAAAUAAUGAGCUUGAUAUUAAUAACAGUGAAAUAUGUUCAGAUUAAUUAUAGGCAUUCCCCAAAAUUACAAUUUUAUCAAUAAACAAUAAUAAUUAUAAUGACUAUUGUAAUUUUGGAUAUUUCUUAAUAAAGGAUAACAAUAAAACGAUAUGUAAAUAAUGGUAAUAAAUAUAUUAAUUAUUUAAGUCCUUUUUAUAACUUGAUUCAAUAUUACUGUCUUGAUUGUUAUAUAAAGCCAAUGACAUGGUAUAUUUAACCAGUAUGCACAAUGGAUAUGAUUCGAAAUGAAAAAAUACCUUAUUCAGCUUAUUUAUAGAGUGAUAGAGAACUAUUUGAUUAUGAUGUCUUUAUUAUAAAUGAAAUUUAUGAACUAGAACUUCAAAUAGGGGUUUAGCACUUUUUAAGCAAUUAAGAAAAUAAUAAUAACAUCUAUAUCAGCGCUAUUCAUUUAGGAAAUUAUGUGCACUUAUAAUGUAAGUCUAAUUUUAUUUUGGUUGACAAUAAAUGCAAAAAAUGCCCUGAUAAUUGCUUAAAAUGUGAUAAUAACUCAGUUUGUCUUAUAUGUCAGUCAGAAUAUUAUUUAUCAAAUAAUUAAUGUGUAAUAUGCCCUUCAAUUUGUGAUGAAUGCUAUCAAGAUGAAUCUAGCUUAGAUAUAAUUUGUAAGUAAUGUAGGAGGUACUAAUAAUUAAUAAUUCAAUAGCCCAUUUAAUUAUGUUGAUAAAACGUGUCGAUAAUGCGGAUAAUUUUGUUAAGAAUGUAUUGAAGAUUACAAUUCUGACACUGAAAAAUAUUUUCUUAGAUGUUUGAAAUGUUUAGAUGAUAGUAAAUACUUUAUUUCAAAUGAUGCUUAGAAUUGUGAGAUUAAUGAAAUCAAUAAUUGCCAAUAUGCUGUCAAAUUGAGGAUAAAAGAAAAUGAUAAAACAACAUUCACUACUCUAGAUUACUAUUUUAAACCGUCCUAUGAUUCUAUCGACAUUAAAUGCGCAAGAUGCAAAGAAAAAUAUUCGUAUGACUAUGAUAGUAAUAAAUGUGAAAUCGAUUAUAAUUAUGGAGAAAAAUGCAUAUACAGAAUUUCUUGGUUUUACACCUAUUGCAUUGUAGGUUCGGAAGCUAAAUUUGAAUUAACAAAUGGGUGUUAAAGUGAAAUUUCAUUUUGUACUAACUGCUUAUAUAAUGAAUUUAAAGAAAAAAAAGAAUGCUAUUAAUGUGAGCAAGGGUAUUACGCAAGUAGAAUAUUUGGGAAUUGUUAAAUUUGUCCACUAGAUUUCAAUUGCAAAACUUGUUAUCAAUAAGAUAAGAUAUCUCAAGAUAACUGGAAAUAAUAAGUAAGAUCAUUUUAUUAUGCUGCUAUCUAAUACUAUGAUAUGAGUCACGAUUUUACUGAAUUUAGUUAAAGCUCAGAAAUAGAGGAUUUUGAAAUAGUUUGUCUUGAAUGUGUUCAAGGAUUUGAGUUAUUUGAUAAAUAAUGUAUACCUUAAUGUCCAACUCUCUGUUAGGAAUGUGUAAAAUAAAAUGGUCAAAAUAUUUGUGUUAAAUGUCCUUUGGAAGUUAAUUAAAGAAUCAUCAGCUUAUAUAAUAACUAAUGUAUUUAAUGUCCUCCUAAUUGUAUUUUAUGUAGAAGAAGAGAUUAAGCAGAAGUUCUCUUAAUUAAUCCUAUAUUUUAGAAUGCUAAUUAUUGGGAUUACAGUAAUUAAUGUUUGGGAUUUGAUUCAGGUUCCAAUCUUUAUUAUAAUUCAUUUUUUGGAUUGGUUUUUUAGUAUAUAGAUACUAACCCCAAAUAGGAAAGUUAGAUUAUUCUUGAACUAAAUUUGAUAUGUUCUGAUAUUAUUUUUUAGAAUCUUACUUUUGGCUUAGAUGAUUCAUAAAUAAAUUUAUUCAAUCAAACACAUUUGUUUAUUGAUGAUCUUUAAUAUUUUACUCAUUUUAAUAAAGAAUCAUUUUACAAGUUGGCUAAUGAUUAGUAAAUCACAUCACUAGAAAUAAAAAUCAUUAGUGAUAUUGAAUAAGAAUGUUUAUUUGUUGGAGACUUCUUGAUUCCUUAGAUAUUUAGCAGAAGUAUUUUCCCACUAAUGUAAAACAUUUAUAAUAUAUUUUAGAUAAGUUAAUUUAUCCAUAAUAAGUACCUAAACAACUAAAUUCAUUGUUAGCAAAUCAUUAUAGUUUCAGGAUUUUUCCAAUAUUUUAAUAAGUGAUGUUGAAUUUUAUUUUAGAAGUAAAGAUUCUUUUAAUCUCUUAAUAUUUUCAUCAUUAUUAUACUAGUUUUAAGUAUAAUUUAACAACUUAAGAUUUUAAUAAUCUAAUAAUAAUGCUGUGUAAUUAAUAUUUUUAAAAGUUUCCUCAAUCAUUUUCCAAAAUUUAACAUUUAGUUAGUUCAUUUUGAAAUAAUAAAAUUAUACUACACCUCUGUUUUUAAUCAAUUUUGCUAAGAAUGUCAAAGCUAAGUUUAAAAUUUACUAUUUAUAGAUAUUAGAUUCACAAAUACAGGAUACUGAUGUAUUCUCUUUGAAUAAUGACAGUUUAAAGUCUGAAUUUUUACAUAUACUUCUAACAGGUGUAUUCUCAAAUUGUACAUUUAUUAAAACUGCAACUUCUACUUUAUCGACAAUAAAAAUAAGCAACUUUUCUUUAAGAGGAGAACUUUACAAUUGUAAUGGAUUCUUGUAGCUAUCAGAUUUUUCAGCCAUAAUCUUUUAAUAAUUAUCAAUUAUUCAUUCAAUAAUUUAAUCAUCUAAUGUAACAAAAGUAAAUAGUAAUUUAACAAUUUACCAAUUCAAUUGUUCAAAUAAUAUCAUUUUUAAUUAAAGUAAGCUUUUUAUUAAUCAAGAAAAUACGAAUAAAAACUAAUUUUCAUUAUCUCUAGACUUCAUUGUAUUUGAAUAUAACCAAUAUGAUUAAUUAUCUAAUUUUCUUAAUAUAAGAGAUUUUGGUUAUGUUCACUCUUAUAUAACAAUAAAUAACAUUUAAAUAAUUGAAAAUAAAAUAUAUUUUGCCGAAGUUCUAAAUGUUACUAUUAAAUAUGAAAUUGCACUGAUUAAUCUUGAAGCAUAAGUUAUUAGUUUAUCUUAAAUAUUCCUAUUAAGAGGAUUUGGUAUAAGUGAAUUGAGAAUAAUUAAUUCUUAGAAUCUAUUAAUAAGAAAUAUUGAAGUCCUUUUAAGCGAAAAGUAUAGUAUCAAAGGAAUCCAUAAAUAUUUGGAUUGUUGGAUUAAUGAUGUGAAGUAGGACUUCUAUACAAUAUUCUUAAUUAUCUAUAAUGCUAUCUAAACACAAAUAAAAUCUAUGAUAAUGAGAUAUUUAGUGGUAAUGAAUGAGCCCUUGAUUUAUUAUGAAUCUAUUUCUACUUCAAUAUUUGAAAGAGACGAAACUAUUAAUAUUUACUAUUCAAAAAUUCAUGAUAAUUUAUUAAUAUCAAUUGGGAAAUAUGAAAACUGCCCAAUUUUUGAAAUACACUCUUAGCAAAAUGUAAGUAUUUAAAUUGAAGAGAUCGAAUUCCUCAGAAACAUUUUAACAGCUUAUUAAUAGGAGGAUAGUUAUAUAUCUUCCAGUCUCUUAUAUUUUGACUGUUAAAUAAGUAAAGUUAUUUUGCAUAAGGUUAUCUUUGAGUCCAAUACAAUUAUUAAUAGUGUAAACUCAUUGGUAUUAAUUAAAGCAUAAAGCGUAAAUUUUGAUGAUAUUGUUUUUAAUAAUAGUUGUUAAUUUGAUUACAAUCUUAUUAAACCAUAUCUAUAAUGGGGUUAUGAUCUCGAGAGCAAAAUCUAUUUAGAGGAUAUUCGAUUAAGUUUUUAACAAAAGUGUUUAGUUGGGAAUACAAUACUUUAAGCAUCAAAAAUUCUCAUUAACAAUUUAACUUCAAAUAAUUCGUUUGGCCAAUUAAGUGGUAGUUUGUAACUCAAAGUACAAUUAUCUGGGUCAGUAUUGAUUGAACAAUCAAAAUUUGAAAGCAUAUUUAUGGCUUCUUCAAAAUAAUAUGAUUCUGUCUAAUUAGGAGGUACUAUAUAUAUUGAAUCACAAUCCUCAAUAACUGUAAACAUUGUAAACUCUGUUUUUUCUGCAGUUAAUUCCUAUGUUUCUGCAGGAAUACUCUAUCUCAACGAUAAUUAAAAUUAAAUUACAUUACUAUUAGAAAAUUUGACAGUGAACAAUUGUUAUAGCUUAAAAGGGGCUAUCUUGUAUAGAUAAAUUUCAAGUUAUAAUCUAACUAAUUAGAAUUUUAUACUUUAAGAUAUUAAUAUUUAAGAUACAUAUUAAGGUUUCUUGAAUUAUUAAAAUUCUGCUAAUUAUUAUUAUUAUGCAGUUAAACAAUUAAAAAACUAUUUGUUAUCAGAUAGAACUAAAAUUUAUUUGAUUUCUGGGAAUAUUUAAAUGGACAAUGUUAAUAUUUAACAAAUUUAUUAUGAAUCUUUGAUCAUAGGUAUAAACUUAUUAAAAUUCUUCUUUUCAAGUUCUAUAAUUUAAGGAGGGAUAUUGCCGAUUUAUGGCCUUAUUAAUUUAUAUAAUCAAGGGUAUGGAAAUGAAUGUGUAAUCAGAUAAGUUCUAAUAUCAAAUCUAACAUCAAAUUUAGAUUCAAUUAAAUUUGAUGAUCCAAUUCAAAUCAACUCAACUAAAUUUAUUGAAUAACAAUAAAUUUGCUUAACUAAGUUCAACAAUGAUUAUGCUCCGGUUAAUUUGAAGGCAUUUCAUAGUCCAGAUUAUUAUUAUAAUAACACUCUAAUUUUAUUCAAUGAAUGGAAUUUAUAUUAUUAGAAAUAAUCGAUCAUGCCAAUAAUAAUAUUGACCAAUAUUACUAAUUUAGUUUAAUAUAAAUUCAUCUAAUUAUAAUUUUAAGAUAUCAUUUGUUAAGCAUGCUCCCUUAGUUUACUAUAUUUACAUUAAAAUGAGGAACGCAUUAAGACAAAUAAAAUUGGUUUGUUGUAAUUUAAAAGCAAUAUUUGUGGAUAACUUAGUUGUUUGAUUAUUGCUGAUAGUAUAAUAUCAAGAUCAGAUGUUAAUAUUAAAAAAAGACUAUUAUAUAAUGAAUAUGAAACUGAGAAGCAUAUUUAAUAAGUGAAAUAUGAUGUUGAGUUGAUCGAAUUUAAAUGUUAGAAUAAUUCAGCUGUUUAUGGUACUUGCCUGUUUAUCAAAGAUUAAAAUAUUUAAAUAAAGAAUAGUUUAUUUUUGAAUAACUAUGCAAAGAUGGCUGGAGGUGCAAUAUAUUUCGAAGGAAGAAAUAAACUAUUUACUUUAUUAUCGAGUAAGAUUUCUGAAAAUCAAGCUUAAUAUGGUGGAGGAAUAUUUACCUAAAACUAAAGUAUAUCUAAUUUUUCUAAAAUGGGUUCCGUUGUUAGAAACAAUAAAGGCACAAAGUAUGGAAAUGACCAAUCAACAAAUCCUACCCAUAUCUCAAUUACUCUUAAUAAUUAUGAAUCUAUUUUCUUUACCAAUGUAAAAAUGAAUAAUUAAAAUACUUUAAUUGAAGAGGUAAUGGUUUCGAAUGAGUAUCUUGAUAAGAAUAAUUUUCUUAAUGUGAUUUAUCUACCAAACGGACAAAAAAUAAGCGAAUAUAAAUAAUUUGAUAUCACCAAUAGAAGAUAUUACUCUAAAAAUCUUACUUUUAGAAUAGUGUUAUUGAACGAAUUUAGAGAAAUUUACAAUAAUUUAUCUAAUUCAAAAUGCUAUUUAAAGAGUAGAAGAUAUAAUUUAGGGUUAUCUGAAGAUCAAUAAGAAUAAUUGUCUGAAAACUUUACAAACAAAAAUGAAAUUCUUUAUAAUUCAGAAUCAAAAGAUUACAAUUUAGAUGAUUUAAUUCUAUUAUUUAAUACUUUUUAACAAGAUGAUUUAAUUUUAUAAUUAGAAAUUAAAUGUGAUAGGAUUCUCAUACCUUAUUACAAUUCUCAAUUCCCAUAUGAAAUUUUAUAUUAUCAUAACAAUUAUAGUCUCUAACUUAAUAUUAAAACUUAUCCAUGUUAAUAUGGAGAAAUAAUUAAUAAAACCUAUGGAAUAUGUGAAGUUUGUGAUUAUUAAAAUCACUUUUAUUAAUUGAAACUCAAUUAAGAAAAAUGUAAUUUAUAAGAUGAAAUAUCUAUUAAAGAGGUCACAUCAACCUUGCUAAAUUUAUAUUCAGUAAUAUUCAUAUUCAUAUCUAGGGUUUUUGGAGAGCCUAUUUUGAUACAAAUUAAGUUGAAUAUUGUUAUAAUCUUCCAGAAAGUUGUCUAGGAGGUUGGAAGGAAGGUGAUGAUUCUUGCAUAACUGGACAUAUAGGUGCAUUGUGUGAAUAAUGUGACAUUUCAGAUGUAAGAGGAGAUGGAAUGUACUCAAUUAGUGCACCUUAUUAAUGUGGAAAAUGCACGGAUUAAUAUAUCAAUUUAUUUUCAAUAUUAGGGAUUAGUGUUUGGUAUUCAUAAAGAAAUAUUUUAGGACUCUAUUAACUAUACUUAUGUCUACGAAGAAUACAGUUACAAUUGUAAUUAAUAAGUUAUUAGUAGUUAAAUUAAAAAAGGCAGGAUUAAUCAUAGUGUCCCAACCUUUAAAUGAAGAAUUACUGGGUAAGAUCCUUACUAAUUACCUAUAAAUUAUUAUGACAUUGACUACUCUUAGGCUAUCUUUUCCUGAUGAACUUAACUAUGGAAUCAAUUCAACAGGAAACCCUAUAAAAACUGUGGCCUAUUCAUUGGAUUGCUUUUUAAUUUAUCUGAAUUAAGUUAUCGAACUUCAUUAUUUACGAAUGUUAUGGUAAUUUCUAAUGCCAAUCAUAUAUGUGCUAUUGUUUCUUGGUGGUUAUGGACUUUGUAUUCUCCUAAAAAGAUGUAAAUAUCAUUCUACUGUACUAUCUACAACACUUAUCAAUAUGUAUAUUAUUUUGCAGCCAAGCUUAAUUGAAGGAUUUAUAAAAUUAAUGUCAUUUAGAACAAUUUCAGGGUUUAAAUGGAUAUCAAUAAAUGUUGCAUAUAGGUUUGAUACCGAAAAUCAUUUUUAUUGGGUUUUAUGCUUUUGUUUUCCAUUUUUUAUUAUAAUUGCUUUCAUCAUCCCAUUGAUACUUUUUACAUUUUUAUUCUAAAAUAGAAAAGAUUUGGAUAACAAUGAGACUCGAAUGAAUUGGGGAUUUCUAUAUAAUGAAUAUAAGAAGUCGGGAUACUUUUGGGAAAUAGUAAAAUUAAUUGAAAAGGAGUUAAUUAUUAUAGUUUUAGCAAUUUAUGAGACAAGAAUUAUCAUUAAAGCAAUUUUGAUAUAUAUCAUCAUAUUUAUCUAUUAAUAACUGACGAUUAAAUACUAGCCUUAUGAAUCUAAGGUAUUAAAUCAAUUGGAUCUUACAAUGACAUAAGUAUGUGGUUUUUCUGUUGUGCUUGGGAUUGGAAUAUAUGCUUCUUAACAAAAUUAGGAAAUUAUCUAUCCUUUAUACAUCAUAUUGAUUUGCAUUAAUCUAUAUUUUAUGUUUCUUAUGAUCAAGAUACUGUUAAAAGCAUACUUAAUACAAUUGAGUAAAGAAAUAUCAAUGAUUUGUCAAAAACUUAAAAAGUACAUCAAAUUCUAAUGUUUUUAACAUUGGAGAUUUUUUGAGAACAAGGAAGAGAAUAAGAAAAGAAUAUCAAUUAGAUUUAAUAAAAUAAAGAAGCAAAUUUUAACAGUUUCAAGAAUUAUUUAAUAAGGAAGGAAGGAAACAGAACUAUCAAUAAUUGAAGAUAAAAACCGUUUCAAAAAGGCAGAAGAAAAAAUAUAAAAGGGAAUUAAUAGUAUGAUACAAAAAUAGUAGAUAUCCUCGAUAUCACGAGAUUUUGAAAUUACUUUAGCAUCUUGUAAAAGCGGAAAAGCUGAUUAGAAAUUAUUUUGUAAAGUCUUUCCAGAAAGUCAAUAAUGA